UUUUGAAGCUGAUGAGAGGUCAAACUAACGACAGAGAGCUUCUUAGACCGGCGGUGACACGAUUUGCCACAUCAUUUAUGACUUUGUCAAGCAUCCAUUGACAGAAAAAUAACCUCAGAAAGAUGUUUAAUUUGGAGACAUGGAGGCAAAGUAAGUGGGCAAGAGAGUCAAAGGGAAAAUCAGCUGAAAGGAUAGUUCAUAUGCCAUCUUUCUGGAACAACAUUAUUCGUAUUCUCAAGCUGAUGGCUUCUCUCGUUGGUGUUCUGAAACUUGUUGAUGGUGACAAGAAGCCUGCUAUGGGAUAUAUUUAUGAGGCGAUGGAUAGAGCUAAGGAGGUUAUUGCUAAAGCCUUUGGUGAUGAUUCAAUAAAAUAUUCUGAGGUAUUUGAUAUCAUUGAUAAGAGGUGGCAGGAUCAGCUUCAUCGACCUUUACAUGCUGCAAGAUAUUACCUCAAUCCUGCAUUUUUCUAUGACCAUCCAAACAUCCAAGGGGAUGACGAAGUUAUAAGAGGUCUUUAUCAAGUCAUUGAGAAGAUGGUGCCCACACAAGACCAAGACAAGGUUGAUAAACAGUUGGAUAUAUACAGGCAUGCUGAAGGUCUUUUUGGUAUGGAGAUAGCUAAGAGAAACAGAAAGAAGAAGUCUCCAGCUGAUUAGUGGGAGUCUUAUGGUGCAUCAGCACCAGAGUUACAGAAACUUGUUGUUAGAGUCCUCAGCCUUACUUGUAGCUCCUCUGGCUGUGAAAGAAAUUGGAGUACUUUUGAGCAAGUAUGAUUAGUUUUAUUUUAUUCAACAAAAUAUAUUUUAUUCCCUUAGAGAUAUGAAUGUUGAUUUGAUUGAUUUGUAUAAAAUUAUAAAUUACAGAUACACACCAAGAAGAUGAAUAAAUUGGAUCAUAAAAGGUUACAAGAUCUAGUUUACUGCAACUCUGCAAGUACAACCAAGCUUUGAAGGAGAGAUAUGACUACAGAGAUACUAUUGAUCCGAUUAAGCUGGCUGAUAUAGAUGAAAGCAAUGAGUGGUUGUUAGGGCAGUUCGGUGAAGGUGAAAAUGCAGAGAAUGACCUGGUGGAGGGUGAGGACAAUCUUACAUAUGGUGUUGUAGGAGAUGCGAUGGGAGCUGAAGAAGAUGAUGCUAUGUAUCUAAGAUCGACUAAUAGGUUUCGAGGAUCUUCAAGUGGUAUUGGUUCAUCGUCGAGGAGGGAGCCAGUUUCUGAGUCGGAAGAUGAAGAGGAGUUUAAUGAUGAGGAGGUGACUGAAGAGAAGGAUAUACCCUUAGAAGAGGAUGAUGAUGAUGUUAAUGAGGAGGAUUAGUCAUUUGAGCCAUUAGGCUAUUAUUUUGCCACUUAUUUGAUUUGUUUAAUUAGAUUGCUUGCUUUGCUUUAAUGUUAGUGAACUCCUUAAGUGUUCUAGUUGCUUUGUUUUUUUGUGUUGUUGGACAACUUGAUUUGCUUCAAUGAUUAAAACUUUAUCUUGUGAUCUGGUAGUAUAUAUUUUAUAUAUUUCGAGUCAUUGAUAUUUUUAUGUGAAAUUUCACAAAUAUAUAUAUAUAUAUAUUUUUCAUUCAUUUUGUAUAUCUCAAAAUUUUUGUGGUAUGGACUGCGCCUCGCUUCGCUCGGGCACGCGCCUCGCAUUGCGCCUUGCGCAUGUGCGCGUAAACUGACUUUGCGCCCCACAUUGCGCCUCGCACAUUGAAAACACUGGCGGUAAGGACACACGGCUUUAGCGCGUCCUUAUUGAUCUCAGCCAGCUAGGGGAGGAGAGGACGCCGUCGGCGCCAGAGAUCCACACGAACCGCUCCUUCCAAUCUCAGAUCGACUCGGGAGCGUCUGAAAUAAAUUUACAACCCGUAGUGUAGUGGAGGAAGUAGUAAGGGUCCCUCGUCAACUUGAAGCUGACCAGGUUUCUCAUCAGGCGCAUGCUCGGCAGGAUGCCGACCUGGUGACAGAUCACGAUGAAGCCCACCAAAACCCCAAUUGCAUUUAGGGUGAACUGAGAGUGGGAAACCCCAAAACGACGCGUACAUCCCUAAUAAAAGUAUUGAGUGGUAGCCGAAGCCC